AUGUCGCCUCCCUGCCUCGAGCCCCUCCCUUCGGCGCAGCUCGCUGGCUUUCACUGCUCAAAGCAAAAGCCGGGAACAGAUGCUUCAACUGCUUCACGUCGGACCACCACAUUGGAUCACCCUCCCUUUACUUUGCCGCACGGCGCCCCUUCCUUGGCAAAUGCUCCACCAUCCCUCCCAUCCACCGUCGCGGCAGUCCCACCCGUUCCACAACCUUCCAACCCUCCUCCACCAUCCAGCAGCAAGCAAGGUGAACGGCGAAGGGCGCUCAUCCCCUUUUCGUCGCGCUACACGAAGAACUUGAAGAUGACGGCGUUCCUGCCGCCCAUGGAGCGCGGCGGCCCGGAGUACGUUCCGGGCGCCGCGUACAGGAGGCCGGAGCACGUCACCGUUUGUGUGCCCCGCUCCGCGGCGGUGCGGGAGGAUGAGCGAUUGCUCUCCUUAACCGCACUCAUCGUCGUUCCGGUGAACUGCCGAGUCCAGCUGUCCGUUGAUGAAGUGCGAAGGGACGUGCUUCGGCAGCUCGGCAUCCAGGACCAAGACAUGGGAGUCAAGCGCCUCUCUACGGCCAUGUUCUUGUUCCACUUCUCCACGCCUGAGCGCCGGACUGCUACUCUGCGGCUCGACGGUCUCUACGCCGGCCAAACUGCCCUCCGUCUUCUACCUUGGACCAGGCAAGUUAAUGCUUCAGCAGACAAGCUUAUGUUUAGAGCAAGGGUCUGUUUAGAGGGAAUCCCAGAGCAUGCUCAGAAGUUAGAGACUAUAGCCAAGUUGUUUAAUGCACCAUCGUUCAUUGAGGCAGUUGACACCGAAUAUAAAAAUGAUCAAGAACGGGCGUGCAUGUGUGUCUGGAUUUGGACCGCCAACCCGGUCGGUUUAGCAACCACGGCCUGUAUGCAAAUAGCUGAGCCAAUUACUUUCCCUGAAGAAUUUUACUGGCAAAUGGGGGAUGUUGAAUUGCCAACCACUAGGUCUGCUCCUGCAGAUAUGUUGGAAUAUCAAGUUAUCAUUCAUCUAGACAGGGUUCAUGAUUACUCCCCCCUUCCCUCAAGCCCUUCACAUGAAAGCAUGCAUAGUGGAAUAAGUGGUCUUCCUGAUGAUUUAGAAGAGGCAGAAUGGCCAGUGAAACAUCGGUUUGUUUGGCGGUAUGGAGUCCCUGAUAAUAGAAUCCCACCAAGCCGCCGUCCCUCGGUGCAUGAAAGAAUUGGGACUAGAAGGGAUAGAUCCCCUUCAGGAGGUUCUGGAGGAGGAGGGCGGAAGGCCAUGCAAUUCCCUCCCCCAAAUCUUCAUGACCUCAGGCAGGCAGGCUUAGGAGAAUCCAGUGGUGCAAACAAUGGACAAGAACAAGGCAGGAGAAGUUUUCAUGGUAGAAGGAGAAAUGUUUGGAAACCAAUUUCAGGAGUUCCAGAUCCAAUUUGCCGGUCUGAUGCAAGAGAGGUGCAGGUUUACAGUCUGGACCCAAUGCUUGGGGAAGCUUUGAUGGGAACAACCAACGAAUACUGUUCACUGUCAGGAAAGAAGCAACAGACACAGCUAGCAGGUUUGGUGCACUGUUCCAAACCAUUGAGGUUCCAGGAGCAACAGGGCAGGCAGUGGGUCCAAGACAUGAAUUCAAACAAGUUUGAAUGCUUGGCAACUGAGCCUGAAAAGCAAUCGAGGUAUAGGCCGGCCUCUCAGCCUGCCCUGCAUCUUGCCGAAAACAAAGUGCAGCAACAGGAAUCCCAUUUGAAGCCUAAACCAGCAAAAGACAGCUCUGAGAUUUUGAAGAUACAGGCUUGGGCAACUAGUCUUACUGAAGCAGACCUCCUAAUUUUCCCAAACCAAAACAAUUUUUUCAGUGGCACUUUGCACGAAGAUAUCAACCUGAAACCAGAUAAUGACCCCAUGGCAGAGGAGGCUAUACUAGUACCGAUACAGAGGACUAGAACAACCUAUGAAAUGGGCAAGUGGACUAGGGAAGACAGCUAUAUGGAGCAUGGGCAAGAGAUCUCACGGCAACAGAAUCUGGAACACUGUUCAAGGCCUGAAACCAACCGAGAAGCUGGCCAUGAGGGAAGGGGUCACGAGGCACCAAACAAAAAUGAUAAAAUAAAUCAAUGCCUACGGCCGAGAAGACACCAAUUGCACCUGAGCACUGUGCAAGGGCGACCACACCCCAAAUCAAUGCAAAAGGGGAAGACACCAAUGGAGAGAAAAAGUCAGACGCUCAACAACACACCCUAA